AUGUAUUCAGCGCAUCAUUUGUUUAAAUUUCUUCACGCCAUCAACAAGCAUGCACCAUGUCACGAAUUAGAAAAGGGCUAACUGAUGAAGAAAUAGCGGUACUUUUGGCAAUGGAAGAUCCAAAUAUUUCUGAAUUUGAGCUGUCUGGAGAAGAAAAUGAGUUUGAUAUAGCUGUCAGAUCACAAACUCCAGCAGCUGAUGGGUCAUCAUCCAAAUCAGAUUACAAUGGAGUACCUUUGAGUGAGAGCCAACACAGAGGUACAAAAUGGAGACACACGACAGAGUUUAAUCCUGAAGUAUCAGAAUUUGCAACACCUGAUAUUCUGACUGUGAAGUCACCAUUUGAAUAUUUCACGCAAUAUAUUGACCAAACAUUGUUUGAUGAUCUGGCUUAUUAUAUAAAUUUAUGUCAUGUUACACUAACAGGAAAGUCAAUGGACUGUAUUGGAGCAGAAUUAUGAAAGUUUUGGGGGGGUUAGUAUGCAGAUUGCAUUACUGGGGUUCCCUAGAUUGAGAAUGUGUUGGGAAAGGCGAACACGCUAUCCACCGACUGCAGAUACAAUUAGCAGUGACAGGUUUUACCUGAAAAGAUAUAAUCUGAAACUAGUUAAUGACAACACUGUAUUAGAGAAAACCAAACGAAGUGACAGUUAUUGGAAGGUACGACGACUCCUUGACAGACUAAGAAAUGCAUUUCGAAAUCAAUCCUGACUAACUCAUGCAUGUAUAGAUGAGCAGAUGAUACCGUUUACAGGUCAAGUAAGAACAGGUCAGUAUGUUAGGGGUGAACCUCACCCAGUUGGCUUGAAGGACUUUGUGCUAGCUACAUCCAACGGUAUACCACUUGACUUUUUGCUAUACCAAGGAAAGGGUAAAGAUAUCACGUCUGUAAAAAUUCCAGUACCUGACAACCUUCAUAUUGGAGGGCAUGUUGUUCUAAAGCUUUCAGAUUCCUUGCCACCUGGGUCAUUAAUAUACAUUGACAGAUAUUUCACAUCUGUCCCCUUUUUAGAUAGUCUCCUAACUCAUGGGCCAAUCUUAGCAAUUGGAACUAUCAUGGCUAAUCAUCUUCCAAAAACUGUAAAUUUCAAGAGAGAUUUAGAUAUGAAAAGGGAGGGCACAGGUUCUU